CCCCCCGGACUCACGUAACGGUCGAUAGAUACACACACACACACACACAACAUGGCUCUCAAAAGAAUCCACAAGGAGUUGAAUGACUUGGCCCGUGAUCCACCAGCACAGUGUUCAGCAGGUCCAGUUGGUGAUGAUAUGUUCCACUGGCAAGCCACAAUAAUGGGACCGAAUGACAGUCCCUAUCAGGGUGGUGUAUUUUUCCUGACCAUUCACUUCCCUACAGAUUACCCCUUUAAACCACCUAAGGUUGCAUUUACAACAAGAAUCUAUCAUCCAAAUAUAAACAGUAAUGGCAGCAUUUGUCUUGAUAUUCUACGGUCACAGUGGUCUCCAGCAUUAACUAUUUCAAAAGUUCUUUUGUCCAUCUGUUCACUGUUAUGUGAUCCAAAUCCAGAUGAUCCCUUAGUGCCCGAGAUUGCACGUAUCUACAAAACAGAUAGAGAAAAGUACAACAGAAUAGCUCGGGAAUGGACUCAGAAGUAUGCAAUGUGAUUACAUUAAAUAUGUUGACGAACCUCUUAAAUACAGCUGGGGGAACUUUCAAAACAAAUUUCUUUUGUUUCCAUUUGACUGCUUUCUUUGAGCCCACGCCUCUUUCCCCUGUGCACAUGUUCACCUGAUCCAGCAGGGCUGCGUUGUUUUGUGUACAUAUUUGGAACAGCUGAUUGAUAGAGAAAUGCCCCCUUUUCAAAUUGUUUGAAAUUCUGACUGCUUACAAAGAGUGUUUAAUGUCCAGUUCUUCAGUCAUAACUUUUUGUGAGACUAAAAGCAUUCCUAGUCCUAGUCAACCAGAUUGUUGGAAAUUCAGGGUUUUCAAGUGCUUCCAGGGAUGGGGGAACUUUUUUUUCCUUUUAUAUAAAAAAAUGUAUUGUUGGUGGAAUCCUUUUAAACUCAUAAUGGUUAUGAAUAGAAUGAAGAACUUGAAUCUGUUUAGCGUGUUGCAGUUUUUAUGCUGAAGAAUACAAAUCUACAUUCUAGUUUAAUGUUGGGACAAAGUUGAAAACACACUCGGGGUCCUAUGAAAUUAGACAGUCCGUUCAGCUCAUCUCCCUCACAGUUAAAUGGAUUGGAGCUAUUAGACCACCAUUCAGUUUUCCGAUGCCUUUGGGUUGAUAUUUGGCUUACAGUGAAUGAAUAGCUAAUAGCUCUAAUUAUUUUUUGUUUUUGUUAACUAAUCUUAGAAGCCUCAACUGGAUGUAAGGGUAAAAAUUCAUACGACAGAAAACUUAUGUAUAUUUAAUGACCCAAAGGCUCCCCUGGAGCUUGUAUGUUCGAAAUGAUUAAUCUGUGUAAUAAAUUGAUUACUAAAGUCAUUAAGCAUUUCUCUGAGCAGGGUAAUGUAAACGGAUAAUUAAACUCUGCUGCCUUCAGUGACCAGUCUUUCAAACAAUGGCCGUGCUUAAGUCAAAGAGAUGAGAACAGGGCAGCUGAAAUCUUGUAACCUAGAAAAUACUUUUUAUGGUAAUAAAAAAAAUCUAUUUACAGUGGCUAAUUUGCUGGAAACACCAUAUUUGAAAGCCACAGUAAUUUCAUGGUAGCUAUUGUAUCUUUAUUGUUGAGAGUUGCCAUCAUAACUAUUUACGGAUUAAUAUUGGGUGGGCAUUUGUCAGGAUCGCCAAUAUGGGCCACUUGGAACUCUUUCACUAUACUUUGUGGUUGGACUUAUACAAUCUGGAGAAUUGCAUUGGAUAUAAAUGGUCAUUGGCUUGACUAAAAUUUAUUUUGCAGAUCUUAUCGCAGGAAAAAUGCAUAAUUGCACCAGUCAUUUUUUUUUUUGGGGGGGGGGGCGGGGGGUGGGAGUGGGGGGCUGUGUAUUAAAUAUGUGGUCUGGUUGUAUAACAUGUGCACCUCGCGUGUAUCUGGGGAAUUCUACCAUAUAUCUUAUACCCUGGAUGCUCACUAUGAUUCAUUAGUCAUGCUGUAGCUGUGGUUUGUUGAAGUGGCUGUCCUUCCAGAUAAAGCACCCAUCUGAAUUAUUUUGCAAAUUGUAUUUCUUUCACUGUCCUUAAUCCUUAAAGGAGCUGAUCACUCUGGUUUAUGGGGAUGAGUACUUCAAACUUUCCCUCUUCUCCAUCCCAAACAAAAUCUAUUUUCCUCCCAAUUUACAGUUUUUGCAAGUCUUAAGCCACAUGUGCAUGGAGACUUGCCACAUCUCUUAUGACUGGAGUCUCAGUCAGGUGAUUAUCUGACUGAGACCUCCCCACCCCCCGCUCUCUGGCUAGCUUGACAGAAACUUGGCAUCUUCAGUGAUCCUGGUACUUCACGGCCUCCUAUCAGCUGUACAAAUGCUCUGAUUGGCAUCACCGUGCUUUGUAUUCAAGUGCCAGGAUUGGUGUUCUAGAAGAAAGGAUGAUGGUUGCUCUCCAGAGAGAGAGUAGAGGUGCCUUUGGUAGUAGCCAGAGAGAAGCCCAUCCAGAUGCAUCUUCUGGUCAAGACCUGGUGGAUUUAUGCAAGCUGCUUUUGGACACGCAGCACAAACUCCAUGUAGAAUGUUUCUAACUGGCUUUGUGAAGGGGAUUGUUUACUUUGAAAGUACUUCUACCAAUGCCUCUUGAGUGAAAUUCCCCUUUAAGUGAAUAAAACUAGAUGUCUUGAAAAA